AUGGGAAAUGCCGAUGCAGGAAAGAAGAUCUUUAUUCAGAAAUGUGCUCAGUGCCACACAGUGGAAAGCGGUGGCAAACACAAGACGGGUCCAAAUCUCUGGGGCCUCUUUGGACGGAAAACAGGAGAAGCACCAGGAUUCUCAUACACUGAUGCAAACAAAAGCAGAGGCAUUGUCUGGGGAGAAGAAACUCUAAAUGAAUAUUUGGAGAACCCAAAGAAGUACAUCCCUGGGACUAAAAUGAUCUUUGCUGGUCUCAAGAAGAAGAGUGAGAGAGAAGACCUUAUUCAAUAUCUGAAAGAGUCAACAUCUUAA